AUGGAUAGUAACGACGACACGCUUGAGACGCGGUCAAUAUGCUCCAACACCUCACGUGCCAGUCAGCGCUCUUCAGCCAGUGCCAUUGCAGCCAGAGCACGGGCAAAAGCAGAGGCUGCCCGUGCUCAAGCACUAUUUGCACAAAAAGAGGCAGAUAUGUUAAAAGCACAAGCAUAUAUUGAGGAAGAACAACAAAAAGCAGCAGCUGAGGCUGCUAGGAAGAAAGCAGAGCUGCAAGCCAGUUUGCAUACCUUGAGGCUUGAGAGCGUGGCUGCAGCUGCCAUUGCUGAAGCGAAUGUUCUUGAAGCAGCCGUUGAAAACGAAUUUGGGGAGUUAGAUCGGGUUAGCCUGAAAAAUGAAUACGUUGAGCGUAAUCCAAGUCCUGAACCUCACCAAAACUCACAGCUACCAGAACUCAUGCCAACUUUGAUGCACCAACUACCAGUCGACAGUGAUGAGAUCAGCAAAUACGACUUGCCUGUUCAGAGAACAUCCAAAUUGAGUCAAGAUGCCACUCCCUAUUACCCUCGUACUCAAAGCCCCUGCAGGACAGCCCCGUUCAAGCAAGAACAUUCACACAGCUUAAAUCCAUCCAGGGAUACCUACAGACACCAGACACAGUCACAUGAUAUGAGACCAUACAGCAGUAGCUACCAACAGUCUCAUACAGGUGCUGCCAGGACUGACGAGCCCACUUCAUCAUCGACCACAGACUUGGCCAAGUAUCUAAUACGGCGAGAGAUGAUAAGCUCUGGGCUGUUAAGGUUCGACGAUCAGCCAGAAAAUUAUUGGGCCUGGAAGCAAUCUUUCCACAGUUCUACAGAGGACUUAAAACUGACGUCAAGAGAGGAGCUUGAUCUGUUAUGUAAAUGGCUGGGACCAAAGUCAUCAGAGCAUGCUAAGAGGAUACGAGCAGUCCACAUACACGAUGCAGCGGCAGGUGUAAGUAUGGUAUGGCAAAGGUUGGAAGACUGCUAUGGAUCGCCAGAAGCAAUUGAAGAAGCUCUCCUAAAGAAACUGGAUGAUUUUCCAAGAAUCUCUAAUCGAGAAAAUCAAAAGCUGAGAGAGCUGGGAGACAUUCUCUUGGAGCUUGAAGCCGCCAGAGCCGAUGGGUUCCUACCAGGCCUCAGUUACCUGGACACAUCUCGGGGCAUCACUCCAAUCAUCCAAAAGUUGCCAUACUCCCUGCAUGACAAGUGGGUCUCUUUAGCAUCUCGUUACAAAGAAAAUCAUCAAGCGUCCUACCCACCGUUCUCCUUCUUCGCAAAGUUUGUUUGUGAUCAAGCCAAAAUGCUCAAUGAUCCAAGCUUUGCCCUUCUUACAAGUGGUUGGAGGACGGGGAAGCCAGAACACCCCUUCAAAUCAAACAUGAAAAUACCCAUUUCUGUCAAAAAGACAGAAGUCUCCUCAAACUCUAAAAGCAUGCAAGCCAGCCUCUCAGGGAAGAGGAGGGCCGAACCAGAUGAACAAUGCCCACUCCAUAACAAACCACACCCCCUCAGAAACUGUCGUGGGUUUAGGAGUAAAUCUUUGGAUGAAAGGAAAGCUUAUCUUGGAGAGAAUAAUAUUUGCUUUAAGUGCUGUGCUUCGUUCACUCAUCUAGCAGAAGACUGCCACAAAAACGUUCAGUGCAGAGAGUGCAAGAGUGAGAACCACCCUACUGCGCUACACCCAGGGCCGGCCCCCUGGAUAUCAGAGACUCCUGUAACCGCAAGAGAGCAAGGCGGGGAGCAAGGAGAAGAAGCUCCUCAAGCUGUCACAGCAAAAUGCACAGACAUUUGUGGGACUACCGUCAGAGCAAAGUCGUGCUCCAAAAUCUGUCUUGUCAGAGUUUAUCCAGCUGGCCAGAGGGAGAAAGCUGUUAAGGCGUACGUUGUUCUCGACGAGCAAAGCAAUAAGUCUUUGGCAAGAACAGAGUUUUUUGAGCUUUUUGGAGUUACAGAGGGCGCGGCAGCAUACACCUUGAAGACCUGCUCAGGAGUUAUGGAAACUACAGGGCGCCGAGCUAACAAUUUCAUCAUGGAGUCAUUAGAUGGUAAGACUCACAUUCCACUCCCCACCUUAAUCGAAUGUGACAUGCUUCCUGAUGAUAAGUCUGAAAUCCCCACACCUGAGAUCGCCAGACAUUAUCCACAUUUCAAGCGGGUUGUGGAUAAAAUCCCGGCUAUAGAUCCAUCAGCAAGCAUCCUGAUCUUGCUCGGUCGAGAUGUACCACAGGCACACAAGGAGGAGAAGCCCUUUACCCGUAGAGGUAUUCUCUCCACAGUUAACAGCAUAUUCGACCCGUUGGGGUUUGCAGGUCCUAUAGUAGUCCAGGGCAAGGCUAUAGUCAGAGAGUUAUGCACUGAGCAUUGCGAUUGGGACACCCCGAUACCUGCUGAAAAAGUGGCACAGUGGAAGUCUUGGAGAGACUCACUGAAGGCACUCGAGCAACUUCACAUACCAAGGCCAUACCUACCUGUUUCCCUGCUUUCCACACGGCACAGGGAGUUAUGUGUCUUUUGCGACGCGUCCACCAUGGCCAUCUCUGCAGUUGCCUACCUCAGGGCAGUUGAUGAUGAAGGACACUGUCUUGUAGGAUUCUGCAUGGGGAAGUCUAAGUUAGCACCCCGGCAUUCCCAUACUGUGCCCCGUCUAGAGCUUUGUGCGGCUGUACUAGCAGUUGAGCUGGCCGAUAUCUUGAGGGAUGAGCUAGAUGUGGAAAUCCACACAGUGAAGUUUUACACCGACUCCAGAGUUGUGCUGGGUUACAUCUGCAACGCCAACCGGAGGUUUUAUGUGUAUGUUGCUAACAGAGUAGCACGCAUCCGGAAGUCUUCGCAGCCUGAACAGUGGCACUUUGUCAGUUCAGAACACAAUCCUGCUGACCAUGGUACCAGACCAGUUCCAGCUGCACUGUUGAGAGAUACAAACUGGUUUUCUGGGCCAUCAUUUCUUGAAAACGACGAGCGAGUUGCACUUACCCCACCAGAGUACUUUGAGCUCGUUGAACCAGACGGGGAUGCAGAUGUGCGUCCACUAAUAGCAACCUUUGCUACAGGAGCUUCUGAAAGACAGCUUGGUUCACACAGGUUCGAGCGCUUUUCCAGCUGGAAGACACUUGUAUGUGGCAUAACAAAGCUCAUCCAGAAAGUCAGAUCCUGUGCUAAGAUCCUGGAGGGAGAUUUGACAAAGGUAGAUGAGCGUAUACAGGCAAGAACAGUAAUUGUACAGACUGUACAGCAUGAGGCCUUCAAAGAAGAACUCAAGAGCCUGUUCAAAGGAGAGCUUGUCUCAAAACGCAGUCCUCUCAGGAAACUUGACCCUUUCUUGGAUUCAGAUGGUGUACUGAGAGUUGGUGGCCGCACGUCAUUAUCCGCAAUCUCAUGGGAAGAGAAACAUCCCAUAAUCAUUCCCAAAAGCAACCACAUUGCUACCUUGUUGGUGCGGCAUUAUCAUGAGCAAGUAGUACACCAAGGUAGACACUUCACGGAAGGGGCCAUCAGAUCCGCUGGACUGUGGAUUCUGGGAGGAAAAAGACUUGUAUCAAGUAUCAUACACAAGUGUGUCAUCUGUAGGCGGUUGAGAGGAAGUCUGGAAAAACAAAAAAUGUCCAACUUACCUGCUGAUUGGUUGACCCAAUCUCCUCCUUUCACCCAAGUUGGAUUAGAUGUUUUUGGACCAUGGACGGUUUGUGCCCGUCGCACGAGGGGAGGCCUUGCAGAGAGUAAGCGCUGGGCUGUUAUGUUUACUUGUUUAGUAACAAGGGCAGUUCACCUGGAGGUGAUAGAAUCUCUGUCUACGUCAAGCUUCAUAAAUGCGCUUAGGCGAGUCACUGCCAUCAGAGGUCCAGCAAAGCUCUUUCGUUCAGACCGAGGCACAAACUUUGUCGGUGCAUGUAAAGAACUUGGUAUAACCCCAGAAGAUGUAACACUUCAUUCUUACCUCAGAGACCAAGGCUGCACGUGGGACUUCAAUCUUCCACACUCCUCCCACAUGGGGGGAGCAUGGGAAAGAAUGAUAGGGAUGGCUCGCCGCAUUUUGGAUGGCAUCUUACUCAAGAUGCAUUCCCCUAGUCUUUCACACGAAGUGCUCACCACGCUGAUGGCAGAGGUCGCAGCCAUCAUGAAUGCUCGGCCAAUUGUCCCUGUGUCGUCAGAUCCAGACAUGCCGACCAUACUCACCCCUGCUAUGCUUUUAACACAAAAGGUGGACUCCGUGUCUGCUCACUUGGAAGACAUCGACCUCAAGGAUCUUUACCGAAGUCAGUGGAAGCAAGUUCAAAGUCUUGCGGAUUCAUUCUGGAAAAGAUGGCGUCAAGAGUACCUGACGACACUCCAGCCAAGAAGGAAAUGGCAAGCAGAACAAGCCAGCCUGCAAGUUGGAGAUGUUGUGCUCCUAAAGGACAAGGAGGCUAAACGAAAUCAAUGGCCCACAGGACUUGUGGUAAAUACCUUUCCGGGUCAAGACAGCAGGGUCCGGAAAGUGGAGGUGAGAGUUGUUCAAGGAGGCACCCCCAGGUUUGCUGACUAA